CAGGAGUAUAUCUACUGUGCAAUUCAUCUUCUCGUCACAAUCGAGGAAAGACCAGCAAGACAGAGGCAACAUGAAGAUGCAGAUGUUGGUGUUGUUGGCCGUAGCAGCCAGUCUGUCCGAGGGACGGAUAUUCUCCAAAUGUGAGCUGAAGAGCUUAUUGGAGGAGGCGGCCCUCAAAUUCAACCUGACUGCGAAAGCCAAAGUGAAGAACCUGACAAGCAAGGAUUUUGUGGCUAAAAUCGUCUGCCACGUGGAGAAGGCCACAGGGUUCAACAGCAGUUUUGUGACUGCUUGGAGGGAUGACGACGGCCCUGAUGUCCUCCCAACCCGCCCUGCUAAAGUGAAUGACCGCCAUCGCCCCGAGCCCCCUCAUAGGAGGGGGAAGAGACACGCCGGGGAUGAUGUCCACCCUAACCACCCUAACCACACUGCUAACAAUGACAACCAUCCUACCCAUCCUACCCACCCUAACCACCCUAACCAUCCUACCCACCCUAACCACCCUACCCCUCCUACCCAUCCUACCCUUCCUAGACGCCCUGAGCAGCCUCCUAAGAGGGGUAAGAGACACGCUGGGAAUCACUUCACCUCAGGAGAAGACUCCAGCGAAGAAGAGACCAUGGGAUCCCUCUACGGCUUGUUCCAGCUGAGCGAUCGUGUGAUUUGUUCCUCGGGCUCCACUCCAUCUCUGAACCUUUGCCAGAUGAACUGCAGUGCUUUGAUUGACGACAACAUAAGUGAUGACUUAACCUGUGUGGAGACGAUCAAACGGACAAUGGAAAUUGGCCCCGGUCAACAAACAAAGGCUCUAAAGAGAAUGAUCAAGCUGCUCUUCCAGAAGGAGUGUGACAUGACGGUCGCCUCUAGCUACUUUUCCAAGUGUUGAGAAGCCAUGUUAGACGACAAUCCCCCAAUUACAAAAGAUCCGAAUUGGGCUGCCCCCCCCGUGUAAACGCAGCCGUGGUGUGUAACAUGUAUAUCUCACCAGCUUCAUGUUCACAAAGUACAGCGGAAUAGAAUGUAGCGUGUAGAAAGAAUAAACAUGGACAUUACAUUGA